AUGCUGUUGACUCUGCUUCAACGGCUCCCAGUUGAGGUAAGUAGACCGUUUUAUGUGCCGGAGGCAAUGUUUUCAGAUCCAGAAACAUGUUGCGGAGAAGCUCUCAAUUGUUGACGUCGUUCAUGAGGAAGAAAGGCUGCCAGCGAGCAUGCUGUGCCUUUUCAAAGAUCGGUUUGAGUUCGCGUGCCGCGCAAACAACCUGAAGCCGAGCUUAAUGGAAUACACACCGUGGAGGUGGGAAUUCAAGAGGUAAAACUUUAAACAAAUAUCUCUGUAGUAGAGGUACCAAUCGGACAAUUUCUCGCCGUCUUGUUUAGAUUUCUUGGCUCCCUAACACUCGACCACCUGAACGACCGCACAUUAACGGAAAGCGAACUGCCGUUAUGGUGGAGUAUUGCUUCCUAUCCGAUCACAGGCAAUCGUCUCCUGAUUCCCGAGAUGAACGCAAGACCUUUUUACGCAGUUGGUUAUAAUAGAUUAACGAUCUUCAUAAAGUACUUGAGACCAAAGGUGGCAAGUCGAUUUCCCCGAUGCACUCGAGUCAUUGACAGAAGGAUCGAGAGGAAUAUGCGCGGACAGGGGCGACUCUAUUUGACCCUAGGCAACGAGUUUGAUUUGGAGAUGCAAAAAGAACAUGGAAUUGAUUGUUUUGAGAGCUCAAUUCAGGUAAGCUGGCAGGAUGACAUAAUACAGGGUGUUUCAAGAAAUUCCCCGGAAAGCAAUCGUCGAUUUCUCGGCGCUCAGUCAAGGUAUCCAAAAAAUUUCUUUUGCAUAAUAAAGAAGAAUACGGGCGGUUUUUUGCCUAUGAAAAUCACUUCCUCCGCCAACGCGGAAAGCAGUGUAUUCGGCGGAGACUUUUGGGCACUUUUUUGGUCAUCACACCCAUCUUAAACGCUGUUUUGUGGUUUUUGAUGGUUGAAAUGAGGAUUCUUGCUAAUUUUUGUGUUUACCAAGCGUUCGGCGAAGGUACGACAGCUGCUCGCCGUAUCUUAACUCAGCUAUGGAGAAGAAAUGGCCCAACACAAUUCUUAUGGUCUGGCAAGCAUUCUCUGCAGGUGUCGUAAACCCUCAAAAAUGUUGUCGCCAAGCCUUGUUAGACGUUUAGUCAUCGAGAAACGACUUGGUUCACUGGAAAACAACGAAAUAUUUUUUGUUUAAAUUUCUCUUUGCCAUGCUGUUUCAAACAUCUGCACAGUGCGCUCCGACUUUAUCGGCGUUGCAGGGACUGCAUUGCACCGUGCGGUCGCUAAAUCGGAUCGCUUAGCAUUGUAGCCGGCCAUCUGAUCCAUUGUGCAAAAAAUUUGAAGACUUUCUGGAUGCUUCAGUGUCGCAAUAAAGCAUUAAAAAUUCGGGUGAUAAGCAAAAAAGCGCCCAAAAGUCUCCGCCGAAUACACUGCUUUCCGCCUCGGCGGAGAAAAUGAUCGUCAUAGGCAAAAAACCGCCCAUAUUCUUCUUUAUAAUGCAGAAAAAACUUUUUGGAUAUCUUGACUGAGCGCUAAGAAAUCGUCGAUUACUUUCCGGGGAAUUUCUUGAAACACCCUGUAUAUAUUUAAUGGUGCAAUAACUCUUUAUCCGAAUCUCAAUUUGCUUUGACUUUUAUCCUUUCGCGGCCAAUUCACACAAAAUACGCCACCCUGCAGCUUGCCUCACCUUUUAUAUCAGUCUGUCGGGAAAAUAAUGUGGAUUUGUCGCACCAAAAUGUCUCGCCGUUGUCUCGCAUCAAAUUCCCAGUCCCGGCUAGCCGUCGCAAAACGACGAUUCCAAGGCAAAUAUAAUACAUUGUUUUCCCGACAGACUGAUACAGAACACAGUUAUACACAUAUCCGUGUUUUAGGUUCAUUCGUAUUUUGGCGGAUUGCUAGAAAUGGUCUUUGACGAGAACGACGUCUUGUUUUACAGCAGCCACGACAGGCAAGUGGGACGUUUGGAGGUCUACAGGAAAGAUUUGACCUCACCCGACCCUCCGAUGUUAAUUUAUUCACUUGCCAAGGAAUGCACCCUUUAUCAGUUGUCCGUCUUCGGAAACAUGAUGUGCAUUUACGCAGAGCAUCCGCGGACACACCCACGCCGCGCUCCUGAUUCCAGACAGCGGCUUUACAUGGUCGAUCUGAUCAGCGGCAGUGUUAAGAAAAAGAAAAAUAUGCGCAAUAUGUCGAUCGUAAGUCUUCAGGGGAGCUGCCCGAAGUGUGGAUAAUUAUGGAUGAAACCUGACACAAAUUCAUGAAAUUAAAAAAAAUUAUGUAAAAUUUCAGGAAGCUCAGAUGAUAACCUACAAUAACAAAAUCAUCUUCUUGAAACAAGACAAGAUAAAUUAUUACACAGGGUUUUCGAUCGUUUACGACAUGACGACUUGUAAGAGCAGAGGGUAUUCCGGCUCAACACAACGGACACCAUUAAACCGCAAUUCAUUUGUUUACAUCUCUGCCCUAGACGAAAGUAAUGUUACGGUGAAGGUGGGUUGACCGCUUUCGGAUCGGUUUAGGUUGCAAUAGGCCAGGAGAACUCGGCGGAGGCUCGGCAAAGGCCAAGAAAAUUUGGCAGCCGGACUUCCGCCGAAUCUUCAGAGCUUUUGUCAGACUUAAGUUUUUUAUCAUCGGCCUCGAUUGCUUUAGUUUUGGCAGCACGGUCGAUUACUUAAUCUACUUUAGCUCCUCUCAAUUUCCGAGGAUGUCGUUCGUGUAUUCGAUGUCCAAGAAGUCAAAACAACGCCCGUCAUUGGACGAUAUAACGACCAAAUUUUUAUAAUUAUCCAGAGCGACAUUCAACAUGUUUGGUAUCAAGAAAGUUGUAAUUGUAAGCAAAUAAUUCCUUUAUUCCUGUAAUUUAAAUAUAUUUUCAGCCCCUCCCCGGCUUCUAAAAACAUUCCGAGGCCCGUCAAAGUUGGGUAAACGAAAACUCGAAUGUCAUUUUAAGGACAGAAACCUACGCGUUGCAACGCAACGCGUUGCAACGCAACGCGUUGGGAAUUCGCGACGGGCAACGUUGUAGCUGCAAAUUCGUAAAAUUUCGAGUUUUCUUCCAUAAUCUCGGGGUUUCCGGUCAUAAAGCGCAAUUAAACGUAAAUUUUGUCGGAUUUUCUUUUCAAAGAUGAUAGUACAUAAUAAAUGGCGCAAUCUACCUUCGUUUUACAUUUUACAGAGGCGGACGUGAUCCAGUGCCAAAAAACGUACCAUUUUGCAUCCACGAAAGAACCAGAAUCUCGCAAAAUAGCUCCCUUUUCUUGCUGGGCCAUGCCUGAAUAUACAGGGUGACAAAGAAAAAAUGCAACUCAUUUUUAUGGCCAUAUUUUGUCUAAAACACCAAACUUAACUAAAGUAAAGGUAAAUAUCAGCAACAUAGAGUAUUGUUAAUAGUAUGCUCAGUCAGUUUUAAGAUGGCUGUUCUUGGCGCCAAGAUAGAGCUCAAAACGUAACUUUAAAUUUUGGGCGAUUCGCCGGAGCUUUUUUUGGAGAAAUCGGUCCCGUUCUUACCGCAGCGAUCAAUUAGCGGCUCUAAACUUUUUUGGCGUGAACUAGAGGUCUUGACCUCCAACCGAAGAAAAAACAUAGUCCACCGGAUUCAGAUCCGGCGAGUAGGCGGCCACGUCGCAGACCACAUAAAAUCGGGAAAAUUCUGGCCUUGCGUCUUUUUUGCUUUAUGGGCGGUGGCGGAAUCCUGCUACGGUUUCCGUUUUGAAUCGCCAAGGUGCUACUGAGUCCACGGAAUCACGUUUGGCGCCCAAAAUCUGACUUAUCCGUUUGGUUUUGACUCUUUUAUCCAAGAAAACCAAGGAUAUCACGCCGCUGGCGCAAAACUUUGCCCCAGGCCAUGAGAGGCCGGAUUUUUACUGGGUUCAAAAAUAGCGUAUGGUUUUUGACUCUAUACAGUCCAACUCCUGCCAUUCUGGUGGUUGUAGGCCUGCUCGAUGUUGAGAUAUUUCUCAUCGACGGACAGGAUCUUCUGUCACCGCUGAGCUGCGGCGCGACGCUUGAAUUUUCGACAUUUUUUCGGAUAUUGUUGCUUGUAGCGUUCCGUGAGGCGCUAGCCUUUUUGGAGCUUGUUAGGCUUGCGCUACGGUGCAUUGCUGGCCAUUCAUCGACCAGCUGUUUUGUUGAUGACGGUCUGCCGGGCAAUCUUUUUCAUGGACACCAUCAGAUUUUGCUUCACUCGCUUUUUGAUGAUCUCAAAGUUGCCAGAAGUGUUUAAUAUGCGCUUUCUUCUAUUUCCUGGACACUUAACAUCGUGGCCAAGCUCGUGGAGUCGUUUGGUGGCUUUUGGCCUAGCAGAUUUUCCUACACCGAGCAGUUUAGCAAUCUCACACUGUCCUUUUUCUUCUCGAGACAGGUUUAAAAUCGGGGUCCCUCUGUUUGACACUCAAACAACAAAAGAUGAUAAUCAAUUGAUAUGGGCAUGAAAAUCAAAAGACUAGGACAGAAAAACACGGAGAAUUUAAUGGUAUAAAAAAUAUUUCGCUACACCUAAACAUUUUCGCGGCAGGACCCGUGAAAAAAAGUUGCAUUUUUUAUUUGUCACCCUGUAUACAUAUACAGGAUCGGCCAAGUCUUGUUUACCUAGCAUAAUAAUUUCUUGCUGUAAUGUAAUUGUUCGUUUCUUGGUCGAUCCAGUGAAUAUUUAUGAUCUUAUUCAUGUAUACAAACUUCUACUGUCUAAAAUACGAAAGGAUUCAUAGAAACUAUGGAAUAAACUUAUGACUUAUCAAGGCGAAUCAAAAAUUUAAAAAAUUUACCAGAUUUGCCAAAAACGGCUCUUUUCUGUGGCAAUUUCCAUUCUCCAGUAUUCCCAGCUGCGAACGGUUGUCAAAUUUUAUCCGAUCUCCACCAUCAACCAACCGGAUUUGUUGUGUUGGGAUACGAGGUGAGUGAAUUCUUAAACAUCUACAACAAAGGCAAAAAAAAGGUUACAAAGUUGCUUCCAGAUGUGUCGUCCCAAAAAGAAAGUCGAGAGAAUUUCGCCGAUUCGAGAAACCCCAACUCCGACCCCGAAAAAGGAAUCAGGCGAUGAGAACAACGAUGAAAAGGCUUCAAAACGGUGAGUGGAGGGAACAUGAAGACGAUUGGCCGAGGGGUUUAUAAGAAAAUGUGAGGGGGGUCCAACCUUAGGGGAUGAAGUCUCUUUAAUUUUGUUUGCGAUCAUGUAAUCAUAGAUCCCAAAUCAUUGCCUAUUAUAUAAUUUGAGGAUUAUUCUUUCAGCAAUUCGAAGAAGUCCUCCAAAUCGGCUAAGUCUCAAGGAAACAACCCGAUGGAUCCGAGCAACCCAACCAAAGAUCCGAAGCUCCCAACUCAAGCGGACGACUGGUCGGAGGAGAAUGAAGCCGUGAUCAUGAGUAUGGGCGAAUCCUUGAGAUCCACCAGGUCUUCGCGGAAAAAGAGAAGCGGCUUUCAGAACAAACCCGAGUUUCGCUAUGCCCUAAGUUUCUGCAAUGUCGGCAUUGAAGGUCUGGUCCAGGAAUUCAACACUCUUCGCAAUUACCAGGCACCGGAUGUGACUUAUAACGAGUUCUUGAGAAACAAAGGCAGUAAUCGGUAAGGCUUCAGAGUUUUGUUGGCUUUUGGGGUUAAUAAUUAGAGAAACAUGCCAUUGUGAUUUCAGUUACGCCGACGUCCCUUGUUUGGAUCCGCCGAAGGGCGACAAUAUCCUCGAUAGCGGUUAUUACCAUGGAAAUUUUGUUUAUUUCCCGCAGGAUGAGGUAAGAGUGCAUUUUUUCUGAUUAUGUUGUCUGCAGUCUGAAGCGAUUCCAUUUGUAAUUGUGUGACGCUUUCAGAACCCUCGUUUCCCACGUUACUUGAUCUGCCAAGGACCACUGGAACUAACAACAGUGGUCUUUUAUGAUGUCGUCAAACGGAAUGGGAUUUCCUGCAUCUUAAUGCUGUGUGAUUGGAAUGAGAAUGGAAAGGCAAAGUGUUUCAACUACCUUCCAAAGGAUGAGGAAACCUCCAAAUUGUUUGAUAUUUCUAUUCCGACGGUCGUCGAAGAGGAGAAUGCACCGGAAGGCACCACCGUCAGACAAUGCAACUGGAAAGGACUAGAGUAAGAUAGUGGUAGACGAUGCACGUCAAACUAAUAUAAAUCAGCCCGGUGAAUGGAUUGGCAAUUUGCCAAAAAAAGACGCGAAAAAACGUUUUGUCGGGGAAGAAAUGGGGAAUUUUUUGGGGCGAGGGAGUACGCUUUUGUGUGUCUUUUUUCUCUCUUUCUCUUGCGAAAUCAAGACGAAGUGUAAAAAACCGAUAGCGAAGGGUCUAUUCCGGUCACCGGACUCCUUAGUUUGAAGUGCGAUGUGAUUGUGUUUGUGUUACAUAAUAUGUAUGUACUAGCUGGAGUGAUCUUUCAGUGUGACCCACAUUCAGUGGACUGGAUGGCCAGAUCAUUGUGGUCCUGUGACUUCGAAGCCGGUAUUCCAACUUUUGGAAUUGAGCAAGAAGUACAACAAGGAUAAGAAGAAACCUGUCUUGGUCCAUUGCUCAGCUGGUAAUAAUUUGGUUUAUGCAAUAUUACACAAAGUUCAAAUUGGCUUUUAUUUGAAUUUUUAGCGGGCUUAGUGCCGUACUUAUGUUGUUUUAGGUAUCGGUCGAUCCGGAACACUGCUUGCUCUCGAUCUGCUGAAGGAAAACUUCAAAAACUUUGAUGACAAUUGUAAAAUCCCUGAGGCGAGUUUACCAACAAUGAUUUGUAUUGUAUAGUAUUUUUGUGAGUUUAGAUUCUGAAGUACCUUCGAAAGUAUCGAGCUAAAGCGAUCCAGACGGCUCCUCAAUACGUCUUCCUUCACAUCGCUUUCCUUGACCUGCUGGUUGAAAAGUAUGGACCGUCGGUGGAGACGGCCAAAAUGAAGACUUUCCGGAGGAGAUAUGCCAAAUAUACGAACAUCGUCGCCCAAAAACAACCGGUAUGCGAAAAAUAAUUUAUUUCAACGUGUGUAAAUUCGUGUUUGAAUUUGCAAAUUACUGAUUGUAGCGUUGUCAAUCAGUAAUUUUAUGUUUGCAGGUUCAUCCUAAGCCUGUGGGUGAAACUGGAAAGGCUGAGAAUUCUCCGGCGAAACAGUGA